CGCAGCGCUGCAGAGGGCGAGGGCCGUCCGGAGCGUGGCCCGGGCCGGCGCGGCGAUGAUGAACAGAUUCCGAAAGUGGCUGUACAAACCCAAGAGGUCAGACCCACAACUGCUGGCCCAGUUCUACUACGCUGAUGAGGAGCUGAACCAAGUGGCUGCAGAGCUGGACAGCCUGGAUGGGCGGAAGGAGCCCCAGAGGUGCACACUGCUUGUCAGUCAGUUUCGCUCCUGUCAGGACAACGUGUUAAACAUCAUUAAUCAGAUCAUGGAGGAAUGUAUCCCUCAGGACCGUGCCCCUCGGGAUUUCUGCGUCAAGUUUCCAGAGGAGAUCCGGCAUGACAACUUGGCUGGCCAGCUGUGGUUCGGGGCUGAGUGCCUGGCAGCUGGCUCCAUCAUCAUGAAUCGUGAGCUGGAGAGCAUGGCUAUGCGGCCACUGGCCAAGGAGCUGACACGCAGCCUGGAGGACGUGCGGGGCUCUCUCCGUGACCAGGCACUACGAGACCUCAACACUUACACGGAGAAGAUGCGGGAGGCGCUGAGGCGCUUUGAUGUCCUGUUUGCCGAGUUUGAACUGAGCUAUGUCUCAGCCAUGGUGCCAGUGAAGUCCCCCAGGGAGUACUAUGUGCAGCAGGAGGUCAUCGUGCUGUUCUGUGAGACGGUGGAGAGAGCCUUGGAUUUUGGGUAUCUGACCCAGGACAUGAUCGACGACUACGAACCCGCCCUCAUGUUCACCAUCCCUCGGCUGGCCAUUGUGUGUGGCCUUGUGGUCUAUGCAGAUGGACCCCUGAACUUGGACCGGAAGGUGGAGGACAUGUCUGAGCUGUUCCGGCCCUUCCACACGUUGCUGCGGAAAAUAAGGCGAGGGAUGACUGUGAAUGAGGAGCGAUGGCAGACAGUGCUGAGGCCAGGAAGGGAUCUGCUGCAGGCGCUGACUGAGGAGGAGCUGCACACACUGGAGCGGAGCCUCUGUGUUUCUCAGGAUGUAGAACUCCCCAUCCGGGCAGAUGCCCAGGCACCCAGUGCCCUGGCACCCACCUUUUCUGCAUCCCUUCCUCCCGAGGAGACGCUCUCGGCCAGUGCCGACAACCCAGAGGCAGAACUGGCCUGCUCGAUGCAGUACGAUGAUCAGGAGCUGGAGGAGCUCAGCCGCAUGGUCCACAGGGCUGGAGAUGAGAUGUCUUCUCUGCUUUCACCGCCCAGUGCCUGCCCGUCCCCCGCACAUAGGCCGGGCUCAGAGGCUAGCCCUCGAGGGGAGGCCUCUCCAGCCAGAGCCCGGCUGAAAUCAGGCAGCGAUGAGGAGGAAAGGGUGUUCUUCAUGGAUGAUGUGGAGGUGACAGAGUCUCCUGCCAGGCCCGAAUCCCCAGGGAACACAUUUGAGUUGACGCAGGGUAAUGCUCAGCAGAGAGGACAGAAUGGCCAGAGUGGAGAGGUGGGGGUUGGGGCACCUGCUCUGGUACAGGAGGAAGACUGGAGCAACAAUAACGUUGAGGGUGACAAGAUAAAGCUGGCCAGUCUCAUGGGCUCCACUUCCUGCAGCUGCCUCGACUCACAGCUCUACCUGGAUGGCUGGGAGGUGAGCACAGAGGAUGCAGAGACCGCGGAGAUGAUCGCACAUCGGACCGGGGGAAUGAAACUGUCAGCCACGGUCAUCUUCAACCCCAAGUCUCCCACCUCCCUGGACUCAGCUGUGGCAGCCCAAGAAGCCCCGGGCCAUGGUACUUCCCCAUUGGAGCCCAGGGCAGAGGGGACAGGGGACAACUCACACAGACUCAGCACUACAGCCACCACCUGCCUCCUCCACUCCUGUGUGUGCUGUGGGAGCUGCGGAGACAGCAGGGACGAUGCCGUAGAGCGCCUGCGGGAGAAGUGUGGCCCAGGAAGUGUCAUCAGUGCCUCUAACCCUUCUGUAAGCUUAGCCAAGGGUGGUGACAAAGAGCCCGAGAGACUAGAUGAGGCCCAGCCUUCUGAUGUCACCCUGCCUGCAGAAGAUGCCUCCAACAGGCAGGAGCCCAAAGCCCCUGCUUCCAACAAGUGCCUGGCACAUACCUCAGGGCCUCAGGUGGACACAGCGAGCAGGUUGCAAGGAGAGGGUGAGGUUAAAGGCCAGCCAGAGGCCAGAAAGCAGGACCCUGAGAAGUCCCCUGUGGUCAGUGGGGACAGUCCAAGAGGGGACGUUGUCCAGUCAGAACCCCAGCACCUGUCAGGCUCCAGCUCCACGGUUGGUUCCUGCUCCUUAGACAACACCAGGUUGGACAUGGCCACUGCAACUAUGCCUGUCACCCCCAUGGCCACCAGAGAGAAGAUCCGGUCCAGGUUCCAUGACAGCCAUGACCUGAUCCACCGCCUGUUUGUCUGCAUUUCAGGUGUAGCUGACCAGCUACAGACGAACUAUGCUAGUGACCUGAGAAGUAUUCUCAAAACACUGUUUGAGGUCAUGGCCACCAAGCCAGAAACAGAUGACAAAGAGAAGCUAAAGAAGGUAACUCAGACCCUGCGGAGCGCGGCCUUGGAGGACUGUGCAUUGUGCCAGGAGACCGUGUCAUCCUCAGAACUGGCAGCCAAGACCCGAGAUGGGGACUUUGAAGACCCCCCUGAGUGGGUGCCAGAUGAGGCCUGUGGCUUCUGCACCUCCUGUAAAGCUCCCUUCACCGUCAUCCGCAGGAAGCACCACUGUCGCAGCUGUGGUAAGAUCUUCUGUUCCCGCUGCUCAUCCCACUCGGCGCCACUUCCGCGCUAUGGACAGGUGAAGCCCGUCCGUGUGUGCACACACUGCUACAUGUUCCACGUCACACCCUUCUACAGUGACAAGACGGGCAUGUGAUGCUGUGCCUGGCAUGUCCCAGCUGAGCAGGCUGUCCAGAGUCCUAUCCAGGGUCUCCGGGAAGGAGGUGCUGUGCCUGCUGUGUGCCCUGUCCAGGCUGUGCUGCGGGAGGGCCUCACUGCAUCUCAUCAUGCCACAGCUGCUGCAGGCCUGCCCAGGUUCCAGAAGGUCCAGAGAGAGAGUCUCUGUCUACUGCUCUCCUUGGCCUCUCCACUGUGGAGACACCAGUCCUGGCAUGGGCUAACGAGAGGUCAGCUUUACUCAGAGGAGGGACCCAGGGAUACCCAGUUGCUGCUUCCAGGUCUAGUUACCUGGUUCGGCAGGGUUGAACUUUCUUCUCUUGCCCAUCUAUGGCACUUUGCUCCAGCUGUGCAUAGCAAGGCAGGAGAGGGCCAGUUCUGUGUGUUCUCUUCUGUAGACAAGAAUCUGGAAGCAGAAGCCAGGGGGUGUUGGGCCUCAACAUCAUAGCAGUUUUCCCGGCCUGUUCACCAUAUUCCUCAUCCCCUAGGGCCCACACCCGCCUCAACAAUAUACAUCUCAUUUCCUUUUGAAGGGGGAAUGUAGGAAGCAGACACAGUGGUCUCCAGGGGGAGUAAGCAUGCUCUUGGCAUCUAUGCCAUUGCCACUUGCUGGUGGAGCAGGGGCUGACCACUCACUGAUUCCAUAGGCUGGGCUCUCCGGUGUUUGGCCUGGACCCAUCAGGCAGCUUAGCUACCAUUCCCUUCUUCCACUGCACUCGCUGGGACUCUAACCCACCUCCUCAGACCUCAGUGCGGCCUGGACAGGCUGAGACGCACAGACACCUCCUCAGGCUUCAAUCUCAGGCUUCACGUUGCAAUGAUGAUUUACAGCUUUAUUUUUAGAGAGAUGACACACCUACUGCUUCUUUUAUAGGAUGAAAUCCAACCGCUGCUCAGCAGUGGAAUAUACAUGCACAAAAAUGGCUUCUGUGUGGGGGUGG